UUGGUUUUUAUAUAUUUACCGAAGUAACAAAAUGAUUGCCAGCAAGACGGUUAUCAACAGAGUUCCUCACAAAAUCACUGGUUACCGGUUUAGUCGGAUACAAAUUGCUGGUUUGUCUGACUUGGUGACCAGUUAUUCUCACGGUGGCAUCUGCUGAGUCGUUCCACGAUCUGCCAGCAAAACACCAAGUGUCUCAUCUGUGAAAGUGCUGAAUGUGAACAUGAGAUAAGUACGGUGAAGGUCAGCACGAGGGAGCACCUUUUACGGCUCAGCAGUGGACUUGAGUAAAUUACAUAGACCGCUUGAUGAGGGGGUCUUAAUCGUGCUUCAUCAUGGAACACGUGACCAAUCAGUACAGGGAACAGGAGGAGAAGUGGGUAUAUAGAUUCAGGGGAGGUGAGGAAUUCAUUUAGCUCGUGCACUGCACCUGGAGACCGCAGAAGGAAACUCGUACACCACUCGGAAAAGCCACAAUGCAUUCGACCAUGAUCCUCCUGGGUCUCCUCCUUGGCCUGUUGAAUCAGGUGUACUCUCUUCCUGUUAAGAACGCUACAGGAGUAAAUGAGGGAAAAGUGAGGUCGAAAAGGAAAUACUCAGAUGAAUUUCCGGAAUGGGACGAAAUGAAUGCGAUGGAUCAAAUCCUGCAGAUGAAUAGCAGGUUUCGAGCCCCUCGAGGACUGUUGUUCAAAGAGGGAGAUAUUGCAAGUUCAUACAUAAAGAGUGCUAUAACCUGCCCUGGCAACUCCUGUCUGUGGCCUAAAGCAGUUGAUGGAUUUGUCUAUGUACCAUACAUCCUCUCCCCACUAUACGACGACAUGGACAGAAUCACCAUAGAAAACGGAAUGCAAGACAUUGCCUCUGGAACAUGUGUUAAAUUUGUUCAACGCACGCAUGAAGGCAGUUUCCUAGAUAUUCAGCCGAGAUAUGGCUGCUGGUCGUUUCUGGGGCAGACUGGGGGAAGCCAGACCUUGUCACUGCAGACUCCUGGAUGCAUGUGGUCAGGAGUGGCCGCCCAUGAGUUCAUGCACGCUCUUGGCUUUGUGCACGAGCAGUCCCGCUCAGACCGAGACCACUAUGUAACAAUUGUAUGGAAAAACAUUGUGGCAGACCAGAUGCAUAACUUCAGGAAACAGCUUACGAACAAUCUCAACAGCCCAUACGACUACAAUUCCGUCAUGCAUUAUGGAAGAUAUGCCUUCUCUGAAGACGGUGGACCAACAAUAAUCCCCAGACCUGAUCCUUACAUUCCCAUUGGCCAGCGAGAUGGACCCAGUGCUCUCGACCUUCAUAAAAUAAAUGUCCUUUAUAACUGUGGUGCCAACGAAUAG